GGAAGCGCCAAACAGCAGCACCUCCCGUUUCCACACAGCAGCGGUUACUGUAGCAUCGGCACUGGAGCCGAAAGCUCAGCUGCUCAUUCUGCGAGAAGAGGCACCUUGCGCAAGUCGACCACCUCUGGAGAAGAUAAAGAUGAAACGUUCUGCUACUCUUCCUCCACAACUUGGUUCCACCGCAGUGUGUUUGGAUUAAGUUUCCGCGUCAUUGGGAGAGGCACCGUCGGUGUGAAGGCAAAAAUGAGGAUAACUUUCGCUUACCGUAUAUGAUGAUGUCCAAGAAUGAACGCAGAUUUUCAAAAUCCACUGCAAGUCCCUCGACCAAAGCUCCGCAGUCAUCUCACCAUCAAAGUGCAGUCCAAGCUGAUGUCGAGGCCUUGUCCCCCCGUCCACAGUCCAAAACCUCCCGUCGCCCCCAAGCCCAGACCCCUGUAUGAACCCUACCCACAGGGGGAGCCCUGUGCUCAGCAGAGCCUCAGUAAUGGAGAUGUGGCACACUCUGACGGAGAGACCGAAGAGCUCCAUGAAAUGGCUGAGGAGAAUCAGGACCAAGAGGAGAAAAGUGAGGCAGAGGAUGGGGAUAAUGACACAGGGGACAUAGAAGAGAGAGAAACUGAAACGGGAUCAGAAAAAGAAGAAGAAAUAUUAAAUAACAAGAGUGACAUAGCACACAGCACUGGCUGUGAUGACACAGUCAAAGCAGAUGACAUUUCCACUGUUGACACUACUGAGAAUGAAAAUAAUGACAAUGACUUGAACUACCCUGACAGUGGCAAUCGCACUGAUGAUGAUGAGAAUCCAUUGACACCUGCACCUUGUCAAACUGAAACAGAGGAUGAGGCAGGAGAGGAGAAUGAAGGAGAAGAGGAGCACAGGUUAACUGAAAAGACUGAAAUACUUUGUGAACCUGCGGAAAAACCAGACAUUGAUCAAAAACAGUCACUCAAUGAUAGUGAAGUUAAGGAAGCAGACAGUGAAGAAAGCAAAGACUGUCUGCACCCUGACUCACUUAGAAAUGAUAAUGAACUGGAAGGUGGAAGGUUUCAAUUUGGCUUCAGCAUGCUUCCAACUGUAACUGAGGAAUAUCCCUAUGAUGUGAUUGGCCCCACAGAUGAUGCUAGUGAUACAUGUGAGUCAUGCGACCCAGCUGAAGCAGGCGAUACAGAGGUCUGGCAACCAGAACGAGCAACCAAGGAUCUUUCCGGCUGUUUUCGAUUCACAUCCAGCACAGAGGAUGUGUUUGGGCCUUACUCCGUCAUAGAAGCUGUUCCAGGAGAUGUGAGUGGCACUGCUGACCCUGAGUGGAAUCAGGAUGAUACUGAUGGGAAGCCUUCUACCACAAACGAAGAGCACACACCAGGUGCUUCUAACCAGGAACCUUACUAUGUGUCAUCAGAUGAUGUGGACAAGUUAGAGGAUAAGCAAGCCCUCUCAGAGCAGGGUUGCACUGAUGAGGCCACCGAACAGUCAAAUGAGUACAAAGACAAAGCAAAGGACAGCGAAUCAGCAGAUGAGUAUGCAAACAUUGAUGAUUCACUCUGCCCUAAAGAAGAUGACCUUGAGCAGUUAGAGUGUGUCUCAUCAGAGGAUUACAUCGAGAUAGGUGAUGAGGAUGAAGAGGAAGCAGAGGAAAAGAAGCAUUUCAGAGUAAAAAGUGUAAAAGAAAGAAAUGCUAAAAGAGAGCAGGCUCUCCGCAGCCAGAGAAAAAGCUGCCAGCCUCGCCUCAGGUUGUGUAAUAUCACAGUGCCAGCAGACCUAGACCUGGGCCGCACCCCGGAGCUAACCAACAGGGUUGUGUUUGCCCACACCACUGAGGCCUUUGAAGAAGACAUAGAGGAACUGGACUGCCAUAUUGUGCCUUAUUAUGAAGACACAGACUCAGAUAGUGAAGAACAUAUUUAUGAAGAGGCAGGGUUUGACUCAGAAGGGGAGAAUUUUGUCACACUUGACCGAAAGACAGUUGUUACUCGAUCGCGCUCCUAUUCUGGGAAAGUUCCAGGUUAUGUCCCGGAAACGGUACCAGAGGAGACAGACCAGACUCAUGACUACUACACGGUGGCCCUGGAUAAGAACAGUGACUCUGCCAGCCACCCUCAGCAAACAAGUGUAAACUGUGUGAUUCCAUCUAUGAAGUCUCGCCGCUUCUUGUUAUACACGCGAUCUACAGAUGGCCCAGAUGUGUCCUUGACCAACCCAACAGAGAUGGGUCAAUCACUGAGGGAUGAGAUCAGGAUGAGGAGGAAAGAUGACACCCUUUCGCUUCCGUGCAUGAUAACCUCAUCUGGAAGUUUCUCCCAGCGUAGCCAUCAGUCAUCCAGUGGUGUUUCCACACCAACCUCUCUAGUGGACAUCCCUCCACCAUUUGAUCUGGUUUACAUCACUAAAAGACCAGUUACUAAGAGUUCCCCAUCCCUCCUCAUCCAGCACGAACCCAGUGACCUACCUAAGAAGAAGAAGUCCUCCUUCAAGCGGUUUUUAGCACUGAAGUUCAAGAAGAAGACAGAUUCAAAGGGCUUCAGUGAUGGAAGUGUCCGCUCCUCACGUUCUUCUUCUGAGUCAAGCCACCACGGCCCAAUGAGAGUCAUUGAGCUUGAUCGCAGAAGCACCGGCAGCUCUCCUCAGCCCCAGUCCCGCAUGGUGAAACCUCAGCAACGUCCAGACCUCCCAUCCACCUUUGUCCUCUACAAAGACCAGCACAGGAGGAAAGGAGACCCCAAAGCUUAUGGCAGGAGUGUCUCUAGAGUGGAGUCCUUUGAGGAGCGUUCUCGCCGCUCUGCCAUGCCGCUGCCUUUGACCAAACCCCGUUCCAUCUCAUUCCCCAGUGCGGAUACCUCAGACUAUGAAAACAUCCCAGCCAUGAGCUCAGACUACGAGAACAUCCAGAUUCCAGGCAGACCCACUAGAUCCCACACUGUUACUGAGUUUUUUGAGGAUCCAAACCGUUCAACAGUUCCCUGCAAUGAGAAUGAUGGCUAUGUGGACAUGAACAGUUUCCCUGGGAUUGACUGCAAACCCCAGCCAUCAAAAGCGGACAGUGAAAGUGCCUACACAGAGCCUUUCCCAAUGAACCCCGUCUCUGCUGGGCUGUCAGGGGAUGAGGACCACGGGCGUACCUCAGAGGAGGAAGAGGGGGCUGUGGAGCAAAGUUAUGAACGACAGAUUGAUGGCCGAUCCCGAGCGUUCUACAUCGCCAAAGAGCUCGUUGACUCGGAGAGACUACACAUCAGUGCCCUCAAGCACCUUCAGGAGGACUUUAGGUCAGCGGUGACUGAGGCAGUGGAUGAGGAAGGAGACCCAGUGCUGGAGGAGCAGAGGUUGGGGGAAGUAUUGGGAGUCCUCCCUGAUGUGUACACCCUCCAUAGCAGCAUCUUUACUGAGCUGGAAGAGCGUAUUAGUCAGUGGGAGGAGAGUCCAAAAGUGGCAGAUGUGAUCUUGUCUCGUCGGGACAACUUUGCCGUGUUUGACACCUACAUCUCAGAGUAUGACCGCAGCAUGUCUUUACUCGAGGAGAGCUGCAGGAAAAACCCGGCAUUUGCCAAAAUCGUCAAGAAAUUUGAGACAAAAAGCCCAGAAGAAGCAGAAGUCCCACUGAAACACCAGCUGCUGCAGGUUAUAGUGAGAGUGCUUCAAUAUCGCAUGCUGCUCACAGAUUACCUGAACAACCUCUCUCCUGAUUCGAAAGAAUACGAGGACACUCAGGCUGCCUUGGUGAUUGUGUCCGAGGUUGCAGACCAGGCCAACGACAAUCUGAAACAGGGGGAGAACUUGUUGCGUCUGGUCCACAUAGAGUACAGUGUGAAAGGGAAGAGGGACCUUCUGAAACCUGGAAGGAUGUUUGUCAAAGAGGGCACACUCAUGAAGGUCUCCAGGAAAAGCAGGCAACCACGACACCUGUUUCUGAUGAAUGAUAUAAUGCUGUACACCUACCCUCAGCAGGAUGGGAAAUACAGGCUGAAGAACACACUGUCUCUAUCAGGGAUGAAGGUGAGCAAACCCACACUGGGCAAUGUGCUGAACUGUCUUAAGAUUGAGGUGUCUGACAUCACUAUUACACUCUCUGCCAGUUCUGUUGGAGAAAGGGAGGACUGGUUCCACACCCUAAGCCGAGCCAUAGCAGACCACGCGGCAGGACUCUGCACAUUUGGAGGACCCUGCAAUGAGGCCCGCGAGAAAUUGUGGAUGGCCCUUGGUGAGGCUGCACCUGUGCUCGUGCCAGUUUCCCAUGUGAUGAUGUGCAUGAAUUGUACCUCUGACUUCAGCCUCACCCUCAGACGACACCAUUGCAAUGCAUGUGGCAAGGUGGUGUGCCGGGCGUGCUCCAGAAACAGAUACCCUCUGAAGUACCUCAAAGAUAGAGUGGCCAAAGUGUGUGAUCACUGUUAUGCUGAGCUCAGGAAAAGAGGUGGAAGUGCGUCAGCUGCCUGUGAUAACUCCAGCCCUCGGACUCGCCGGGCCAGUCGUCCUCUCUCUGCUGUUUUCCAGAGUCUGCAGCCCCCUAGUCUGUGGAAGUCCCGGAAGGGCACAUCCCCUCUCAGCCAGGUGUCACUUGGUGUGGAGGGCUCCACCAUGAGUGGGAGUUUGCAGCGCCGGAAGAAGAGCAAAAGGAAGUGGAAGCGACUGUGGUUCCUCCUCAAAGACAAGGUGCUCUACACCUUCACAGCCCGUGAGGAUAAAGUGGCUUCAGAGAGUCUGCCUCUGCAGGGCUUCACCGUCAAGCUGACUGAGAGGCCAGAGGGAGAAGAAAGCAGCAACGUAUUCCAUUUGUACCACAAGAAAACACUCUACUACACCUUCAAAGCAGAUGAUCAAAACACUGCGCGCAGAUGGGUCAAUGCCAUGGAGGAAGCCACUAUUUUAUAGCACCUGCUAAGUUAAAUAAAUCAGGCAUCCGCUCUGUGAGUGCAACAAAGCUACCUGCUGCAUCUGAACUCAGACCAUCAGUAAGGAUUCAUCACAUCUGGCCUUUUGUGGGAUAUUAAGUGACAGAUCAAACACCUGGAAGAUUUCCCUCAGAGGAAUUCUGCUGUGCGGGGAAGAGAAAUAGAAACCUUGAGUUGGAGUAUGACGCAUAAAGAUUUUUUCAUUUCCAGUGUGCAGAUCCAGUCGGGUUCACAAGAGCCUUCACUUUUCGGGAGCAGCUCAGAUUACCUUAAAUACUUCACCUGAGAGAAAAUGUUUUAUUUCCUCUGUUUCGCCUGUUUUCAGUGCCACCCCACAGAUUUCUGCACUUUCCCCAAUUUUGAUGUUUUGUUUUGGGGUUUUUUGGUGUAUUUUACCCGAGUUUCCACUGGAUUAUGAAACCACUCGUUUUGUUCUGCAGGUGACAUCCUUUCACAUCAUUUCCUUUGCAGUUAUGCAUGACACAGUUUCGAGGUUACUGCAAAAACAUUAAAAGCAUUUUUUGCUUCAGGGUAGUAUGCAUAUCUUGUGUUUGCCACCACUUCAGAGAGAUACUUGGUAUUCUGAAUAUAUAUUGUGAAGUAUACACCGCAGAUAUUGAAGUGAGUUAUAUGAUUUAUCUGUAUAAAAAUUGUGCUUCAUGAUGUUCCUAAUAAGGGUUCAUUUUAAUCAUCAUGGUAUGUGUACAUUAUUAUUCUUGUGGCGUUUCAUGCAGUCUUACUCUUCUAUUAAAUCUGCAAAGCUAAGAAACGACCCUCAGCAUGCUGUCCGCCCAAGAGCAUUUCUUAAAGGAUGAACAUUUUUUUUAAGAUACUUUCUAUUUUUUAAAAGUUUUUCACACAGUUCUGAAGUGCCAAUUGCUUUCUCCCUGUUGAAUGCAGUGCAUUUUGCAAGUGAUAAAGACUGUGCCUCAUUCUUUAUGUUAUCAUAGUACUGUAUGGAGGGACCUUGCUUUUUAUCUACUCUUACAUACUUUAACCUUAUGGUAUUUUUGAACAGUUCAGUUACUGUGCACUCACAUACAAAUAUGCUAUUGUGCCAUUUUUAUGAGGGCCUUUUUAAUGCUGUAUAUAUGCCGCUAGAUAUAAUCAUUCUUUAGCUGUUUUAUUCAACAGGAACAACUUAAAAAUGCCACUGUCAUACUACCUUCAUCCUUACAAUAUGAGAGUGAUCUCAGACACUUGUGCCCUAGAAGUUCAUUCAUUAUCAAAUGUCCAGUUUCUCUUAAAUAAUCCAUCUAAAGGCAUUAUCUUUUUCAUUCAGAGUGCAGAUCCAUCAUCAGACAAGCAGCACAUAAAGUACAUGUUUGAGUACUCUUCAGCUUUUCUAACCAUUUCCUGUUUGCUCACACCUACAGUGUUACUAUGGCUGUACCUCUAUAGCAUAUACUGCAUUGUAAAUGUUUAUGUAUAUAGAUGCAUAUGAAAAUAA